AUGAAGAAGAGACAAGGCAACGGCCAUACACAAGGCAACGGCCAUACACAAGGCAACGGCCAUACACAAGGCAACGGCCAUACACAAGGCAACGGCCAUACACAAGGCAACGGCCAUACACAAGGCAACGGCCAUACACAAGGCAACGGCCAUACACAAGGCAACGGCCAUACACAAGGCAACGGCCAUACACAAGGCAACGGCCAUACACAAGGCAACGGCCAUACACAAGGCAACGGCCAUACACAAGGCAACGGCCAUACACAAGGCAACGGCCAUACACAAGGCAACGGCCAUACACAAGGCAACGGCCAUAAACAAGGCAACGGCCAUAAACAAGGCAACGGCCAUAAACAAGGCAACGGCCAUAAACAAGGCAAUGAAGAGAAACAAAGCAAUGAAGAGAAACAAAGCAAUGAAGAGAAACAAAGCAAUGAAGAGAAACAAAGCAAUGAAGAGAAACAAAGCAAUGAAGAGAAACAAAGCAAUGAAGAGAAACAAAGCAAUGAAGAGAAACAAAGCAAUGAAGAGAAACAAAGCAAUGAACAGAAACAAAGAAACGAACAAGUUACAAAGGCAAGGAAACCUCCAAAGCCAAAGCCAGGAAAUGUUGAGACAGCAGGAAACGUCUGUGUGAAUGUACACGUUGCUGGUUACACUGGAGACCACAAUUAUUCAUUUCCAUCAAGUCCAAGUAAGCUGAAGGAAAAGUUUGAAAAAAUUUAA